AUGAUUUGUUCUUUCGAUUUAUGCAAUUCAUCUAUCAGUUUGGAUUCUUUAAUCAAAGGAGUUACAAUAUAAUGUCUAUGGUGUCCGAACGCCUUUUAUUGUUGCGAUGAUUGCCGAUUGUCAGAUAGCAAGCACCAAUCCAAAUGCAGAGGGAUACAACAAACAGUUCUUGUUGACAGACAAAAUAUUUUCAAAGAAAUGCAAUUAUUAGAAUAAAUAGGUUAAGGGAGUUUUGGAACAGUGCAUAAAAUAUUAAUAUAAGGUCAAUUAUACGCUCUAAAGAAGAUGAAUAAACAUUAAUGUUCAAAGGAAGUCAGAAUUCAUAAGCAUUUAAAUCAUAAGAACAUAAUUUAGUUUCAUUACUUUAUUGAGGAUGAUGAAUACGUCUAUAUAAUUAUGGAAUAUGCAACUUAGGGAACAUUAACGUAGAAUAGGGAAAAUUGUGAUAUUUAAAACAUAUUCAUACAAUUAUGCGAGGCUACUUUGUAUCUUCAUGAAAAAGGUAUAAUUCACAGAGAUUUAAAACCUGACAAUAUUGUAUUGGACAGUUUUUGGAAUCCUAAAAUUUGUGAUUUUGGAUUGGCCACAUAUGAAAGUGUAAUAAGUAGUUUUUCUGGAACUUUUGAAUUCAUGGCCCCUGAGGUUAUUAAAAAUUUACCUUAAACUCAAAAAAUUGAUGUAUGGUCUUUAGCUGCUAUAUUAUACUGGUUGCUUGAAGGCAAACCAUUAGUAUAAGGCAAUUAGAUUGAGAAGAUGCAGUAAAUUCUUGAUUUUAAGAAACCUUAGUUUACAUUAAUAUCAAAUCCAUUUAUUCAAGACUUAUUAAAUCAGAUGCUAGUUCCAGAUCCGGAUUAGAGAAUUUCAUUACAAGGCGUGCUAAAUCACAAAUGGACAUUAAGCAUAAAUACAAUAGAGAAAGAAAUUUAUGAUAGGUCUACUCAGCCAAGUGUUUAAAAAUAGCAGCAAAUCGAAAUCUAAUAAUAAUUGCAUAAGAAUGAUUCGAGUAUGCUGUAAAAAUUUAUAUCACUUUUUGGUUGUGGAGGUAGAGAGAAGCAGUUUUGA